AUGCUACCAGGAGCAUCUCAAACCUACAACCGGACCCCGUCGUUCCCUAUUGAUCACGUUAUGGAUGAGGAGCCUGCAAAAGAUAUACCUGAAAUGGAGGGCAGCCCACAGGAUCGGCAUGAUAUGACACGCAUGGGCAAGACUCAAGAGCUGAAACGCAACUUUCGACCCCUUGCGGCUUUAAGUUUCUCAGCGGUCCUUCAAGCUACGUGGGAGUGUAUGCUCAUUGCAAACACGCAAGGGCUCCAAAAUGGCGGCCUGGCUGGUCUAUUAUGGUCUUAUAUGUGGACCUUCGUAGGUUUCGGUUUCAUCACUGUUUCGCUGGCCGAGAUGGCUUCGAUGGCACCUACUUCAGGAGGUCAAUACCAUUGGGUGUCGGAAUUUUGCACACCUCGAUAUCAGAAAUUUCUAAGUUACACCACUGGAUGGAUGUCUGUACUAUCCUGGCAGGCAGGAGCCGCAUCUUGUUCUUUUCUGACUGGGACCAUCAUCCAAGGUCUCAUCACCCUCCGUGACCCGAGCUACGAGCCCCAAAAUUGGCACGGGACCUUGUUUGUACUCGCGAUGAUAGUCGUCACUUACAUUUUCAAUGUCUACGUCGCAAGCUAUAUGCCCAGAAUUCAGAACAUUCUUCUCGCGCUGCAUUUACUAUGCUGGGCCAUCAUUGUGAUUGUCUUGUUCGCUAUGGCUCCCCAUAACUCCGCCAAAACCGUGUUCACCUCCUUCUACAAUGGUGGCAACUGGUCUACAAUGGGUAUCAGUUUGAUGAUUGGACAAAUUUCAGCUGUAUAUGCCUCUCAGUGCUCCGACGCAACAGCACACAUGUCUGAAGAGGUCAAAGACGCAGGUCGAUAUGUACCGAUCGCAAUCGCAUGGGGAUACUUCUGCAAUGGAAUCCUAGCCCUGGUGAUGAUAGUUGGACUUCUUCUGGCUAUACCUUCAGUCCCCGACGCGCUCAACGACAGCACGGGUUUCCCUUUCCUUUACGUGUUCCGCCAAUUUCUCUCAACCUCGGGUAUCAACGCCCUCACUUCAAUAUUAUUGAUUACGGUCAUAUUCAGUAACAUACUAUUCAACGCUUCAACGGCACGUCAAACAUACGCAUUCGCACGGGAUCGCGGUUUACCGUUCGCAGGCUGGAUCUCGCGAGUCGACCAGCGUCGGCGAAUCCCAGUUCGAGCAAUCGCACUUUCUUGCGUGAUUAGCGGCUUGCUAUCUCUAAUUAACAUUGGUUCGCAAGUCGCAUUCAAUGCCAUCAUCUCUCUCAACGUUGCCGCGCUCAUGUACACGUAUGCGGUAUCCAUCAGCUGCGUCAUUUACCGGAAGAUCGCCUGUCCUCACACGUUACCGCCGCGACGUUGGAGUCUUGGUCGUUUCGGACUUGCAAUAAACAUGAUUGGGCUGCUUUAUGUUAUUUUUGUGCUCUUUUGGUCUUUCUGGCCCCCUAGUCCUUUGCCUUCAGCGCCAGACUUUAAUUGGAGUGUGGUGAUCUUUGUUGCUGUGUUCAUUAUCAGUCUUUUGAUGUAUCUUUUCCAGGGCAAACAGCACUAUGUCGGCCCCGUUGUGACGGUCCAGCGAAGUGGUUGA